UUAUCCCACACUACUUCCUCGCUUCUUGCUCGUCGGUGUGACCGGAGUUCCCUUCCGCUGACAGGCUGCUGUCACACAGCCACCAUGCUAUCCCAUUCCCGGUGUCUCACCAGGAAUUUCGGCCGUUCCCUCUCUGCCAUCCGCCAGGGGAAUAAUGCAUUAGCUCGUCGGGCCACGGCAGCUCUGUCGACUAGCCACUCUAUUACUUUGAACAACAGUGUAAAAUCCAAUCCCCGGUCCAGCGUCUUCCAAAUCCAGUACUUUAGGACGUCUGCAGCCUACAGAGAUGAAGUUGUCACAGUUAAGACCCCUGCGUUUGCAGAAUCUGUCACAGAGGGGGACGUGAGGUGGGAGAAAGCUGUUGGAGACACCGUCUCAGAAGAUGAGGUGGUGUGCGAAAUUGAGACUGACAAGACAUCAGUGCAGGUUCCCUCUCCUGCUGCUGGGGUGAUUGAGGAACUUUUGGUUCCUGAUGGAGGGAAGGUUGAGGGAGGAACUCCACUCUUUAAGCUUCGAAAAGGAGCUGGUGCUCCCAAAGCUGCAGAAGCUCCAAAAGCCGAGGCGCCGGCCGCUGCAGCCCCUCCGCAACCUUCUGCUGCUGCUCCUCCUCCCCCUCCCCCUCCUCCCUCAGCUGUGGGCCCCAUUCCCACCACUAUGCCCCCUGUGCCACCUGUGCCAGCACAUGCUAUGGACACCAAACCAGUUUCAGCCAUCAAGCCCAGCGCUGCUCCAGCUGCACCAGCGGCUCAAGCUGAGGGAGGGACAAAGGCAGCCAGGACAGAGAGCAGGGUUAAGAUGAACCGCAUGAGACUGAGAAUUGCCCAGAGACUGAAGGAAGCCCAAAACACCUGCGCUAUGUUGACUACGUUUAAUGAGGUCGACAUGAGCAACAUCACAGAGAUGAGGAAGACUUACAAAGACAUCUUCCUGAAAAAGCACAACAUCAAGUUGGGCUUCAUGUCUGCAUUUGUGAAGGCUGCUGCCUACGCUCUGACUGACCAACCUGCUGUCAAUGCCGUAAUUGAUGACACAACCAAAGAGAUUGUGUACAGGGACUACGUUGACAUCAGUGUGGCUGUGGCCACACCAAAGGGUCUGGUGGUUCCUGUAAUCCGAAGCGUAGAGGGAAUGAAUUUUGCUGAUAUUGAGAAGGCCAUCAAUGCGUUGGGAGAAAAGGCCCGUAAGAAUGAGCUGGCUGUUGAGGACAUGGAUGGAGGAACCUUCACCAUCAGCAACGGUGGUGUGUUUGGGUCCAUGUUCGGCACACCUAUAAUCAAUCCACCACAGUCUGCUAUUUUAGGCAUGCAUGGCAUCUUCGACAGGCCUGUGGCAGUCAGUGGCAAGGUUGAGAUCCGUCCCAUGAUGUAUGUUGCCCUGACGUACGACCAUCGUUUGAUCGAUGGAAGAGAGGCCGUCACCUUCCUGCGCAAGAUCAAGUCGGUGGUGGAGGACCCCAGGGUGCUGCUUCUUGACAUGUAAAUCCUUGUGAACUCCAGGCCCAACCAAACAAACCACCCUACACAAACAGUGGCUGUACUCACCUGAUGAACAUUAUCGUAACUGCAGUUGAUGUAUUGUUGUAUUGGUUAACUAGAGAGGAAAGAGGACUUUUGGGGAACAGUUGAGUUGUGCGAUGGACAUUUUUAAGGAUGGCAGUGAUAAAAGGUUUGGUGACGUUACAAAGAAGUGUUAGGGUCUGGGGUUUCUGUGGUGCUGGUCUAGAUCAAAAAAAGGAUAUUCUAUUACUCAUAUGCGCCAUAUGUCAUUUUCUACAUGCAACUGAAAACACUUUCAACCUGUUGAGAGAUGAAUGACAAACAUAGAUAAAGUGCGUAGUGUCAUUUCAUGAUUUUGGUUGAGAGAAGAACAAUGAAUGAACAUAUUGGGCCAGAAACCAAGAAACACUAUGUUCUGAAAUGUCCAAACUGAGAAUUUAUGCCAUCUGUUUCACACAAAUGAGGAAAAUUCUCUUUAUGCUGUGUAAGAAAGACUAUUUAAGAAAAAAAAGAAAGUUUUAAACAAUAAAAGCUACAUUACUCAACUGUA